AUGUCCAGAUUAUCAUCAGAAUCAACAACAGAAUCAUCAUCAGCAACAACAUCAACAACAACCAAGAAGACAACAAGAAAGGUGAAUCUCAAAGAUUAUAGUCAUAGACGUGAAGAACAACCAAAGCCUGGUGAUAAGCGAACAAUCAAGAGACCAACACGCAUAUGGGAUGAACUGGAGCAAGAUACCUCUCAUACUCAUACUCAUACUCACAAAGGCAACAACAAACCAGCAUCAACAACAAAGACAACAUCAUCAUCAACAUCAACGAUACAAGUCAAUAAUUUGAACAAUCUACCAGAGCAUCAGUACAAGGAGUUGUACGAUCACCUCAACUUACUCACCGUCGAUGGUCUAAAGAAGAAUGAAUUGGCCGGAUACAAUGGCAAGAUACCAAGGAGGAAGCAUGACAUCAUUGAGUUGAUCAUUCAAUUGCGUACCAGUGAUGAUCAAGAUAUAUACUACGAUGUGGACAAUACCAUCAAUACCAACAAUUCCAACAAUAAUAAUAGCAACAAUGAUGAUCUGUUUGGCCAAUGGAGUGACAUUGAGAUGGAUGAUGAGGAGGAUGGACAUGGUGGCUGGUGUGGCAACCAAGACAGCGAUGGCAGUUCAGAUGAUUACUAUAUGAAUGGUGCCAAUCAGCCAAGUUUCCAUAAGAGCUUCAUGAGACAAGAGUAUGACGACGACGAUGACAUUGAUGGCAAUGAUGUUAUGGACAUGGAGCUGGAUGUGGACUCGGAGGAGGAUGAGGAACACGUCGCAUUGGAUGUGGACGAGUCGUCAUUUGAGGAGGAUGAGGAGGACAUAGAGGAUGCUGAGGACGAGGAGGAUGAAGAAGAAGAGGAGGAGGAGGAUGAGGAGGACGAUGAGGAAGACCAGUCCAUCAUAUACACAUUCAAACCACUGUAUCAAUUGGAGGAGGACUUUGGACAACAUCACAAUGUUGGAUUGCUCCCUGUCAAAUACCAGGAGAUGAUCAUUGACCAUCUGUUGAAUACCUUGAAGAGGAGUAAUUGUGAUCUUACUGUUGGCGACGGCGGCGGCGGCAGAAAUCAAAUGAUGUUCCACUUGGCAUUGGUAUGUAGACGUUGGUAUGAUCACGUGGCGACAUCACCGGCCAACCAUGUAUAUAUAAACUACUUUGGCAUGACACGUGACAAACGUCACCUGGCCAAGCAAGUGAUCACUGGCAGGAUCACCAGUAACUACACGAUCACUCAAAGGAUCACCAACCUGACGAUCCAGUAUCCGCCAGUGCUCCUCGAGGACGAUGAGUCAGAACAUUCAUUCCUGUUACUCGAUGACGACCAAGAUGCGACAAUUUCCGACGAUGAAGAUGGCGUCCAAUAUCAAAUGAAUGUCGAGAAUGAUGAGAAGCUCAAGAAGAUGGUCGAGUCCAAAAUGGUGUUCCGCGAGGCACCCGAGUCAUCCCUGACCACAUGCUCACAGGCAAUGACUCAGAAAUACCUGCUGCCAGCUCUGACUGUGCUCUCAACCCUGACCAGUCUGACCAUCGUCAAUCCGCAGCCCGACCAGCUGACAGACUUCCUCUCACUGCCCAGCUUCAACAACCUCUCCCACCUGGCGCUCACCAUUGGCAACAUUGGCUUGUGGGACAGCCAUCAUCAUUUCAACCUGUGGACGUUCAUGAGCCACAACACCUCGGUGACCAGCUUCAGACUGCAGAUGGAUGCCGACGAGUCGGAGCAGGCCAUACACGACCUGUUCAUCAAACGAAUCAUGGAGGAGUUCUGCCAAAAGCCCAAGAUGAAGCGACUGGAGUACAAUACAUCGUUGGGCCAGUAUCGUUCGUACCACAGUUCGAAGUUGCCAACCAUAGCUGGAGUGUUGAUGGCCAAUGAUGGACUAGAUGACAAGUCAUACAAUAGCUUGCCCUACCUCAACUCGCUGUUCAAGAAUGAGUCGCUGACACGCCUCGAGUACACAGUGGCUGACACUGAGCACAAACAAUCGCCUGAAGAGCUCAAUGCUAAACUCGAGAAGUGCUUCCAACAGAUCGCCUGGAACAAGCUGAUCAAACAUUUGACGUUGCGAUAUCGAUCUGGACAUGGCCAAGGAAGCAAGAUCUUCCGCAAGUUGAUUGGUUGGUCAAUAUCAUGUGUCUUUGGUCUACCCAAUGAGACAAUCCGCACUCUGGCCCUCUCCAGCCACUUGAUCAUUCCUGAGCUGUUCCAACAAUUAGCCAACACCGAGGGCAAGAACAAAGUGACCAAGUUCAAGGUGAUUGAGUCACUGAACAGCAAGCAGUGGAAGGCACUUCUGGAGUGGGUAGCCAGCGACCCUGUUCGUCUGACUGCGAUUGAGUUGCCUGCCGUGUCCAAAAAGAAUAUGACCACCAACCCCAAAAGUGGCAAACAGCAGUCCCUGCUGUCCCUGCUGUCCCGUGCGCUCAAGGCCAACAAGCAUCUGCAGCGCAUCAAGAUCAAUGGCAAGAUCAGCAUUGAGUUGUUGAAGCGCAUCCUGGUGUGGGCAUCCAAAGACUCAAUGUUCACAUGCAAGUUGGUUGAUCACAAGCUGACUGGUCCAACCAUCGAGAAAUUACGACCAAUCACCUACUAUUGCCAAAAGAACAUCAUCAAGAUUGGCGGUAUCGAGUCGAUGUCACAUCUUGAGCAACUAUUCCAAGAGGAUGACAAAGAGAAGGAGUAA